AUGCCUCCUCCCCACAGAAACCAGGCCUUCCGUCCUGAAAACGUGUUGAAAAGAGCCGAGGACCUCAUCGGUGUCGGCCAACCAGACGCCGCCUUGGAGACCUUGUACGAGCUCAUAACCUCGAAAAGAAUCCGCCAUCUCCCCGUUGAAGACUUGCAACCAAUCGGAUUGUUGCUCAUCGAGUUGGCCGUCGACUUGCGCAAGGGUAAGUUGGCCAAAGAUGCGUUGCACCAGUACAAAAAGAACGUGCAGGGCUCUGAAAACGGCUUGGAAUCGGUCCAGGUAGUGGUCCGCCACUUUAUCCAAUUAGCCACCAAGAAAUUGGACGAGGCCCAGGCGCAGGCCGACACCAAGAUCGACCAGGACUUGGAGGACGAUUUGGAGGGCGCGCAGACCCCGGAAUCGAUCUUGUUGUCCACUGUUUCCAACACCGACCAGGCCGACAGAACCGAACGUGAAUUGGUCACCCCAUGGUUGAGAUUCUUGUGGGAGGCGCUCAGAGCCACGUUGGACAUCUUGCGUAACAACUCCAAGUUGGAGGUGACCUACUCUGCCAUCGUCAACCAGGCGUUCCAGUUCUGCUUGAAGUUCGGCCGUAAGGCCGAGUUCCGCCGUUUGUGUGAGCUUUUGAGAGUCCACAUGCAAUCCGUCACCACGCCCGUGGGCGGCAAGACCGUUGCUGGCCAGCCCAACGCUCACGCGGUCGACUUGUCGGACUUGGAGACCGUGCAGAGAUACUUGGACCAGCGUUUUGCGCAGUUGAACAUCUCCGUCAAGUUGGAGUUGUGGCAGGAGUCUUUCCGUUCCGUCGACGACGUCCACUCCUUGAUCACCGCCUCCAAGAAGUUGCCUAGACCAGCCUUGAUGGCCAACUACUACGAGAACUUGGCUCGCAUCUUCGCUGUCUCCGACAACACCUUGUUCCACGCCGCUGCAUGGAACAAGUUCUUCAUCUUGUUCUCGCAGUCUCCUAACGCCACGGACGAGGAGUUGAAGCAUCACGCCUCUGUGCUCGUGUUGUCCACCUUGUCCAUUCCUACCAAGUCCUUGACCGUCAACGAGACCGUUGUGGAUGACCAAAAGGCCAAGAACGCCAAGUUGACCUCCUUGUUGAACUUGAACCAGGUUCCAACCAGAGAGAGCUUGAUUUCCUCCAUCAACAACAAGUCCAUCUUGAAGUUCGUGGACCCUGCUGUGCGUGAGUUGUUCAGCAUCAUGAGCGACUCUGAAUUCCACCCAUUGACCGCUAAGGAGAAGGUAGCCGGCGUUUUCGCCACCAUCAAGGAGGACGAGUCCUUCAGAAAGUACAUUCCUCACUUGACCGAGGUUGUGUUGAUCCGUUCGUUCCAACAGGUCUCUCAAAUCUACGAGGCCGUCAAGUUGGACUUCUUGGUGUCUUUGGGCCAAAUCGAGGGCACCGAGUUCACCUUGACCCCAUUGGAGGUCGAGGACUUGAUUGUCAACGCCGUCAAGAAGGGACACUUGUCUUUGACCAUCGACCACGAGGCCCUGGUUGUCACCUUCAAGUCCAACCCAUUCGAGGACUCUUUCAACGACUCUUUGUCCUCCAAGUUGCAAGCUUCGCCUGCUGAGUUGGUCAGAGUGCAAUUGUCCAAGUUGGCCUCUGUAUUGUCCGCCUCUUACCUGGUGAUUGACCCAUCUGCCGAGGCCCGUCAAACCCACAGAAGAGAGGUUGCCAUGAAGAACGCUAUCGCCAACUUUGCCGAGGAGCAACGUGAUAUUGCCAACCGUGUCAACAUCUUGAAUGAUCGUCGUAAACACGCUGAGAAGCUCAAGCGCGAGGAAGAAGAAUUGGCUGCUAAGGCCAAGCAAGAGAGAAUGAUUGCGGAACAGAAGGCAGAGCAAGAGCGCUUGGCCAAGGAACAACAAAGAAAGGACGAAGAGAGAUUGGAGAAGGAGAAGAAGGCUAUCCGCGACGCCGACAAGAGAAAGAUCGCCGAGGAGAUCAAUGCCAAGGGUAUCAUCAAGAUCGACUUGGACAACUUGGAGGAGCUUGACACAGACAAGUUGCGUAUCAUGCAGAUCGAACAGUUGAACAAGGACAGAAAGAUCUUGGACGAGCGUUUGCGCACUGCUUUCAAGAAGGCCGACCACUUGGAGAGAGCCUUGAGAAAGAAGGAGGUCUCUCUCUACGCUGUCGACGCCGAGAGGCAAAAGACCAGAGACGAGGAGCUCUUCGAGACCUUGAAGAACAACAAGAUCGAGAAGGCCAGAAAGGAGUUCGAGAACGCCACCUCUCUCAAGGAACGUUUGAGCCGUGUUCUCCCUGACUACGAGAAGUUCAGAGUCACCAUUGACGAGCAGAACGCCUCCAAGGUUGCAGAGUACAAGGCUCGUGCUGCUGAGGCUUUGGAGAACGCCAAGAGAGAGCGUAUUGAACAGGUCAAGCAACAACGCUUGGAGGACUUGCAAAACAAGUUGGAGUUGGAGCGUAUUGCCGAGGAGAAGGCCAAGGCCAACAAGGCCAAGGAGGAUGGCUUGGCUCGUUUCAAGGAGGAGAUGAGAUUGCAAAAAGAGAAGGACGAGGCUGCAGCUGCCAGAGCCCCAUCUGGUGGCGCUUAUGUUCCACCUCGCGCUACAAACGCUCCAUCUGGUGGCGCCUAUGUUCCACCUCGUGCCGUAAAUGCACCAGGCGCCAGAUACACCCCACCAAGAGCAGCUGGAGGAGCACCAGCACCAAGACAAACGCCAGCCGCUGCACCACCAGCCGCUGCUGCCAAGGCAGACCCAUCCAAGCCAAUGAGUUUUGCGGAGAGAAUGAGAUUGAAGAGAGAAGGUCUCUUGUAA